CCGCUCCUGGUCCCCCAGCGAGCAGGAGCCAGAGGGGCCAGACAGAGCCGGGCUGCAGCACGUCCCUGAGCCUCAGCAGACUCCUUUCUGUCUCUGCCUGGGAGCGCGUAUCCAGAUCCACAUCUUUGCUCAAGCCGAAGUGGAAGAAGAGAGAGAGAUACACACAUACACCCAUAUAAAAAAAAAAAAAAAAAAAAAAAAAAAAAAAAGGCCAAAAAUCCCACCCCCAAAAAAACCACACUUAGCGGAAACUUGUCAGAGAAUGCUCCUAAAGUCUGGCUUUCUCCUGCUGCUGGUGAUCAGUGCAUCCGCAUCCUAUGAAGCUGAACAGAAUGACUCUGUGAGCCCCAGGAAACCCAGGGUUGCAGCCCAGAACUCAGCCGAGGUGGUUCGCUGCCUGAACAGUGCCCUUCAGGUGGGCUGCGGGGCCUUCGCCUGCCUGGAGAACUCCACGUGUGACACGGAUGGCAUGUAUGACAUCUGCAAGUCCUUCCUGUACAGUGCUGCUAAAUUUGACACUCAGGGAAAAGCUUUUGUGAAAGAAAGCUUGAAAUGCAUCGCGAACGGGGUUACGUCCAAGGUGUUCCUGGCCAUCCGGAGGUGCUCCACGUUCCAAAGAAUGAUCUCCGAGGUGCAAGAGGAGUGCUACAGCAAACUGGACAUGUGUGGCAUUGCAAAACGGAACCCUGAAGCCAUCACAGAGGUCGUCCAGCUUCCAAAUCAGUUCUCAAACCGGUAUUACAACAAGCUGGUGAGGAGCUUAUUGGAGUGCGAUGAAGAGACUGUCAGCACCAUCAAGGACAGCUUGAUGGAGAAGAUCGGCCCCAACAUGGCAAGCCUCUUCCACCUGCUGCAGACGGACCACUGCGCCCAGGGCCACCCGCGCGCCGACUUCGCCAGGAGACGCAUCACGGAGCCGCAGAAGCUAAAACUCUACUUCAGGAACCUCCGAGGUGAGGGGCCGGUCCCGGCGCACGCGAAGCGCAGCUCCGCCGAAAGCGCGUAACGCCUCGGCGCGGCGACGAUGGGUGUUAAGGGAUGCUAAGCACUACCAAAGCUGAAGUCUCUCUUCUAGAGGAGUAACGCACCCAAACCAAGUGUACUGUAGCUAGUUUUAAUAACGACUAGGACCUGGUUUUAGAGUUAGUCUUUAAUUCUUUUCUAUUCCUCUCGAACAAAACGUUUUGCAUGGAGCCGUGUUCAGUGUCUCAGCUUUCCCACCAUCCAAAUGUCUCCAUCUCUUUUCUUCCCCACAAAAAAGACACCCCAAACAAUCUUAGUCUUAACUAUAACCGUACAGUAGUCAGGCCUUCAGACACCAAACUCUAAAUGUACUGUAGGACUAACACCAUUGAAGUCUGAAGAUUUGGCACCAAGGAGAAUAGCUUGUUCUCUCUUGUAGUAAGCUGGUAGGAGACGAUAGAUGCACUAAUAACUAUUGCACAUCCUAAAGAUGUCAAUGGAAUUCGUGUUAUGAAUCUGUGCUGGCCAUGGACGAAUAUGAAUAUCAUAUUCCUGGUCUCUUAGUGUCGUACAGUCCUAAUCCUUCCAAUACAGCUCUGUUAACCCAUUGAUUUACCAAACUCACUAGCUGUGGAUGAUUCUAGUUACUAUGACCUGGCACCACAGUGCAAAAUGAGUUAAAACUACCCCACUAACACACACCAAAUCAGGAAAGGAACAUUUUGUGCUAUGGAAGUGAUUAAAAGAGGUGCCAGUUGAUGGUUGAAGCUAGUCAGAAGGUUACAUAAUCUUGCAUUGUAUUUAAAAGCUAACAUCUAUGUACUGUAUUUAACUGUCUAAAGCUUUAAAAGAAAUCUAACAGAAACAUACCCUGUCUUAAGACUAGAGUAUUAAAGGUCUUGCUCUAACUGUGGUAUAAAUAGUUUUAAAAUCUGUCAUGUACUGUACAUAAAUUCCACGAGAGUCUGCUUAAAAGGAGCAGAAUAGAAUAACUUUAUUGCAUAAACUUAGUUUUGUAAGUUAGCUAUUUCUUUUUUUUCCUGGAAACAGCUUCUCUGUCAUAUUCAAGAGUUCACAUUCUACUCUGUGGCCUUUUUAUAAUGGAAGAGAGAAAAAUGUUGAGGACAGAAAUUACAGGGCCAGAAAGAAGCCUCUCUUCUCAUAGUUAAAAUAGAGGGGAAAGAAUGAAAGAAUUGUUCCAACUGGCCAGUUACAGACUCAUAGAACAGUUUGGGUUGGAAGGGACAUUCAAAGCUCAUCUAGUUCCAACCCCCCUGCAAUGAGCCGGGACAUCUUCAACUAGAUCAGGUUGCUCAGAACCACAUCCAGCCUGGCCUUGAAUAUCUCCAGUCCUAUCUCCACAGAGGAGCUGUGAGACCCAAGGCAGGAGUGCUGCUGCUGCAGAGCUCUUUGGCCUGACAAAAAGCUGCCUUGGGAUCCUACGGCUUCCUUUAGAAAGUUGAUUCGUGGGGAAAGGCAGGAGAAACCCCUUCCAUUCUCCUCAGCUUCAGAAGCAAAGCAGCGUGCCUGCCUUUGAGAGGCACGAUGCUCUCCAUCUGCCUUCCUCCCAUCCACCCCUUGAGCAGCCUCGGUGAGGAGGAGCGGAGCAGGAGGUCCCAUGCGGUAGCCGGCCCCCCCCAGCCGCUCUGCACAGUAGCCUGAUGGGCUUCAGCCAGCCAAACAAAGCCACAUUGUGGCGUGCAACCAACAAGGCCAGUUCCACGCUCCAAAUCCAUCCCGUUAGAGUCCGUCUGCAGAGUGGAUGACUCUUGCUCAACUAGUGGAGAGCUAAUAAAGGAGGGAUCUAUUUUUCUUUUCAAAAUCUAAAGCAAUAUAACCUCUUUUUUUUCUUUCUUUCUUUUUUGUUUAAACCACAAAGCCUUUAAACAAUAACUUGCUGCUAAUAUAUUGAAACCAGAUGCAGUGGCAGCAUUUCUAAUACUGCUGUCUUCAUUAAAUGUAGCCCAAAAGUGCUGUCAUAAAAUUGUAAGCAGCAAAAAAUGUUGCUGACGGUAGAGGGUUGUUGUUUUACUUUAUUUGUUUAAUACUCUGAAUCGUGCCGUCCAGGGCAAGCGAGAUGCAAUAUUGCUUGUUCUUAAAUCAUAGACUCAGAGAAGAGUUGGGGUUGGAAGGGACUUUCAAAGGUCAUCAUGUUCCAACCCCCUUACAAUGAGCAGGGACACCUUCAACCAGAUCAGGUUGCUCAGAACCACAUCCAGCCUGGCCUUGAAUGUUUCCAGGGAUGGGGCAUCCACCACCUCUCUGGGCAAUCAGACAGGUAUAUAUAGAGUCCAACACCAAGAAGUUUUGCAAGGUGAAAACCAAAGCCCCCCUGAAUAUCCUGACCCUGAAAGUCUGACUUAUACUUAGGAACUGAUCCCAGAACUGUGUGUGUGUGACUUCCCACCUCAUUACACCUCACACUGCACUGCUGGGAGAUGGGCAUUGCUCAAUGGGGACGUCUUGCUGGGGUUUGUGCAUCAAGUGCAUGUUGCUGUGUGUGGAAAUAGUUACUAAAAGGUCUUCACCUGGCUGGGGGCAGCAUCCAAACACCACCUGGAUGGGUGCACUGGCAUUGCAAAGCAGCUGCUGGUUUGGGUCCCCACUGCCAAUGUGGGCUCACACCAGCAGAGCUCACUAAGGGCAUCGAGAAGCCACGGUUUUCCAUGGAGAUGCUCCUCAGGGCAAGUGGCUUCUCUGUUGCUUUGUGCAUCCCUUUCUAUGAAAACCCAAAGAAGGUUUAUAAAGUUGGUUGACGGUUCAAUUACUCCAAACCCUAGGGUUAGAUUACCCCAAACCCUAUCUCUUUGGGUUGUCAUAGCUAAUGUUCUUUUUCCACUAGGAAUUUAAACUUGUUGUCGCCUAAACUUGUUGUCCCCUUCCUUGGUGGGAAGAUGAGUGGGAAGAUAAUUCCCCUGGAUCCAAUUUGCUCUGGUAUGGCAGGUAACCAUGACCUGUGCGCACCAGAGCUCUGCCUCUCCACGCCAGCACUGCCGUUGAGCACAUUUUUGAGCUGCUUUAAUAAGUCACUUUUCUUUCCUCUGCUGAAUUAGCAAGGAAGCCACAAGCACACGUCCGUCACGUCAGAGGGCCUGGGGGUCCCCUUGCCUAACAUUGGGCUAAGCUCUCCCUGAUCAGGAGAGGGGACAGGAGGUGCGAGAGGCACUUCCCAUCAGCAGGGAAGGAUGCCUGAGUGUGGAUGGUUUGACUUGGGUGCAAGAGGUCCCCUGGGGCUUGGGGGUGAGUCUCAAUAUCACGUCCAGCUAUUUCACCUUUGAUUUAGUCUCUAAUGCUUUAUUUUUUUAACCUUGCAUUCAUGGCAAAGUGAUUUCUCUCGGGGGUGGGGAGGGGCUUCUCUAGAAACGUUUGCAUGAUUCUCAUUGUGAUUUGUUUGCACUUUAGAUGUUUUGUGCCAUUAUAAAUUUGCAUUAUUGUAUUUAUAAUUUAAAGAUACUUAGAAGAGGGAGAGAGUUUGGGGUUUUUUGGGGUUGUGUUUUUUUUUGCUGAGUACUGGAAUAAACAGUGAGCAUAUCUGGUAUAUGUCAUUAUUUAUUGUUUAAAUUACAUUUUUAAAGCUCAGUGUGUUCAUAUAAAGGUUAUUUGAAACAUAUCAUAGUAAUGAGAAAGAUUCAAGUUAUUUUCUUUGCUUAUUUUUAUAAUUAAAGAUGCAUAACAUAAUGAGGCCUAUGUUGGAUCUUCUUCUGCGAUGAAAUAAAAUGUCAAAUUUAA